AUGGCCCCCUUUAAGGGUCUACACGUUGGCCCAGACAGGUUCAAAAAUCCUUUUCCUGGAGUUUCUCAUCCCGUAGUUACUCAAUUGAAUGUUGUAUGGAGGGAAUUUCUAACUUCGACUCUUAUCUCUUUCCAGAUUGACACCGGGUCUAAUGGUUACAACUUCACAAGUUAUCAUCCGAAUUUGGUAGCGUGCCAUUUUGGUCUUAGCCAAAUAUUGCGUCAACUCAGACUUUGGAACUUCCAACAUUCCAAUUCUAAUAAUUUUUCUUUGCUACUGCUGAAUUUGACCCUUGGUGGUAUAAAUACCAAGAACAACAUUUCUAUGUGUCCUCCUUUUUGCAACGACUAUCAAAAGCCUUCGCUCGACUGGACGCCCAACCAACUGCUUCGACAGGCCCCUCAAUGGAUAUUAUGGAUCUCACAAGAACAACUCUUAGCGACACCCAAGAGACAUCAAUUUUUGUUAUUGAAGCCGAUUCACACAAAAAGAUCAUUGGCGGUCUCCCUUGAUUCUGUCCAAUCUUCAAAGAAAAAGAAAAAUCAUGCUCCUCCGUCGACUCAGCCUGCCAACGUUCCUGAAGAAACUCUACCUAUCCCAACUGAACAAGCUAGAAUCGAACAUCCUGAUCUCCAGUCUUCUUCCGCUGAGGUGCCAUUGGAUUCCCAUACCCCCAACUCGAGCAUUGUCGCUGAGGUUGAUGCUAAUGUUACCCUCAAACUUCAACAACUCAAAACUUAUCUCCUUGAGGGUGAUUUUCUAGUUGUAGUCGGAGAAGAGACUGAUCUGGGUAGAGAUGCUCUUAAGUUGGUUGGCAAACUCAAUCAUUAUGAACUUCCUGAUUCUAUUGCUAAAUAUUUUAUUGAGUUUAAGUCUUUCUUCAGCCAACUUAGUCGAGAUCUGAUUACUAGGAAGAAUGAUGACCUCCAGAUCAAGAACAAAAUCAAUGAAAUGGCUCGGAAGUGGGAUUUCAGUAAAGCUUGCGAGAAAAAACUAACUGAAUUCCAGGCCAAGAAACAACAACACUUUGAUAAACAUAAGGAAAUCGAUGAUGAAAUUUAUCAUUAUCAAGCUCAGAUUGACGAACUCAAAAAGAAAAUUAAAGAAGCCAAUCAGAGAAAGCUGCUAUCGAUACUGGAAAAAACCUCCCCACUCCGGAACAAAUUACUAAUGAGGCUUUGA